AUGUCGUCCUUUAUCCUUUCAGUGUUGAAUGCGCUGCUGCUGCUGCUGCUGCUGCUGCUGGCUGCACGCAGUCAGACAGGUUGUGGUGCAGAUGUUCGUAUCGUCCCGUCCAGACUGCAGCUCUUUGACCACGAGUCGGUGUCUUUCAGCUGUCAGGGGUCUAAUGUCUCAGCCGGAUGGAGAGUCAGGAACAUCAAGAAUAGGACUUCAUGUUUGAAGUCCACAGUGACCUGCACCAAUAACUAUGCCUUGGUGUCAGACAGUGGAGAAUACUGGUGUGAAGCUGCAGGAGGAGAGAGAAGCAACACAGUCAACAUCACAGUCACCGGCGGCUCUGUGAUCCUGGAGAGUCCAGUCCUCCCUGUGAGGGAGGGAGAAUCUGUGUCUCUGCGCUGUAGAACCAGGAAGAACGUCUCCGACCUCACGGCUGGUUUCUAUAAAGAUGGCCUCCUCAUUGGGAGCAGCUCUACAGGAAACAUCGCUAUUGAAAAUGUUUCCAUGUCUGAUGACGGCCUCUACAAGUGUAACAUCUCUGGAGCUGGAGAGUCUCCACAGAGCCGACUGAUGGUCACAGCACUUCACGGAGAGACCAGUCCAUCCACAGAUCACUCUGUUUAUAUCUUCCUCCCCUUCAGGACUGUGUUCAUCACUGUGUCAUUGGUUCUGCAGCUGUUGGUGGUAGCACUCUUUCACUUUGGGAAGUCCAUCUCUGGCCCGACAUCAGCGACAGACAUGAUUCUUCGCUGGAUUCUACCUUUAGUCCGUUUGCUGGUCUGUGUUCAUGCAGUCCAAGUAAACAAAACAGCUGAACCUGGAGACACUGUCACUCUGCCAUGCCGAGCUCCCAGCAGAACAGAAAUCAUAGUUGUAGAGUGGUCCAGACCUGAACUGGGGACAGAAUAUGUCUUCAUGUUCCGGGACGGGCGUUCUGUUCCUGAACACCAGCAUCCAUCUUUUCAGAACCGGGUGGUCCUGAAGGACCGACUGAUGAAGGACGGUGACGUGUCCAUAAAACUGAAGAAUGUGACCGUUAAUGACACAGGAACAUACGAGUGUCGAGUCUUCCAGAGAAGAACAAACCGCAGGAAGAGAGCAAAUUUAAAUACUGAGCGCAUCAGCACCAUCUACCUGGAUGUUCAUCAGUCAGGUGAGUCUUGGUGCAGCUACUUCCUGGUUGUUGCUGUGACAGUGAACCAUCUCACCUCAGAUGUUGUUGAUGAGACUUUGUCCCCUGCGGAGCCGCCCUGCUCGGCAGUGACUUCCCAGCAGCGUCGAUUUCCACAACAUAGGAUUGAGAUGUCUGCUUUAACACCGGUGUCACUCAGCGGGACUUUUCUGGCCCUCUGGGUCCUCGUGUCUUCCUCUGACGUCCAAGUAAACAAAACAGCUGAACCUGGAGACACUGUCACUCUGCCAUGCCGAGCUCCCAGCAGCACAAACAUCAUAGUUGUAGAGUGGUCCAGACCUGAACUGGAGACAGAAUAUGUCUUCAUGUUCCGGGACGGGCGUUCUGUUCCUGAACACCAGCAUCCAUCUUUUCAGAACCGGGUGGUCCUGAAGGACCGACUGAUGAAGGACGGUGACGUGUCCAUAAAACUGAAGAAUGUGACCAUUAAUGACACAGGAACAUACGAGUGUCGAGUCUUCCAGAGAAGAACAAACCGCAGGAAGAGAGCAAAUUUAAAGACUGAGCGCAUCAGCACCAUCUACCUGGAUGUUCAUCAGUCAGGUCACACAGCUGGACACGACGAGGGUGGAGGAAACAAGGAUGGAGGAGAAACGGGUGGAAACAGCAGGGAACGUUUUGGACUGGUUGCCGGUUUUUCAAGUUUUGUGGCUGUUGGUUUUGUUGGUUUUUUUUCUUGGAUUGUCAUGAAACAUAAAAGACACAUGAAGAAAAAUGCCCACCAAGCUCCACCUGCUGAACUAGCAGGUGACGGCUGGUGUGAAACGUAAGAUGACUCUAUUUAUAUACGUAUAUAAAUAUAUAUAUAUGUAUUAACCUAUAUAUAUAUUUAUAUAUUCUUCAUCCCCCUCCAUGAGUUGCCACCUUAUCGUGGUGGAGGGGUUUGUGAGCUCAGAGGAUCCUGGGAGCUGUGUUGUCUGGAGCAUUCAGCUCCUGGUAGGGUUUCCCACGGCAAACUGGUCCCAGGUGAUGAGCCAGACAGAGAGCAAUUCAAAUAAUCAUGUGCAGCUCACUGUGGCUGCUCCUGUUUGUGCGAAUCAUCCCUGCAGUCUUUCAAACGCUCGGUGAACACAUUGCACUUCCUGUAGCAGCUCAAAAUAAAAGCCUCCUGCCGCUUCACAGGUGGAAACUUUCAAUGUGAAGCAGCAGGAAUUAUUGCAGUGAGUGAGCAGAGCUACAACGCAGCUCUGAUGCAGCUGCAGGAAAAAGAUAGUGACCAGUAAAAUGAAGCUGAGGACUGAAAGUACAAACAGGAACACAGCACUGAGUUUAGAUGAACUCAUCUCAUUAAACAUCUGCACAAUGAGAUACACACAGAUGUAAAAUGAUGAUUUUUGUUUAUAAUAAACGUUAUCAUCAUUGUACACGGUAAACAAUACAGAUGUACAUGUUACUGUGGCUUUUUCCAUUGGGACGUUUUUGUCAAAGAAUAAAAUAAACAGUUUUUAUUAA